CGGGGCGGACCCUAGGGUCACGUGUUCAGCGGUAAUGGCGGUGCCGAUGGGAAACGUGUGAGAGCGGAGACGGAGAGAAAAAGGAGAAGGUUCCCCCCCCCCGGGACCGGACAGCGGCGGCAGUGAUGGGGAGGUCCGGGCGGUCCAAGACACAGAAGAAAAUUCGUGCAGCGGCGAUACAGCGUUCUCAGGAGGAAUUUGCCACUGUCCCUCACACUUUCAUCUUCCACCGAGGCCAAGUGGGUCAGAAUGUUCACAAGCUGAUCACUGACUUGAGGCGGCUUAUGGAGCCUUACACUGCCCGGGCACUGAAGGUGCGGAAGAGGAACUUGCUGAAGGAUUUUGUUGCUGUGGCUGGGCCACUUGGUGUGACACAUUUCUUAAUUUUUACUAAAUCAUCGACAAGUGUGAACUUUAAAAUUGCCCGUUUGCCAAGAGGCCCCACACUCACGUUCAAAGUUCACCAAUAUUCCCUGGUGAAAGACGUGGUCUCCUCCUUGAAGAGACACCGGAUGCAUGAGCAACAGUUUUACCAUCAUGCGUUGCUGGUGCUGAGUAACUUUGGAGGUGAUGGAAUGCACAUCAAGCUGAUGGCCACUGUUUUCCAGAAUAUGUUCCCAUCCAUCAAUGUCUAUAAGGUCGGGUUGAACGCUGUUAAAAGGUGUGUUCUGAUCAAUUACAACUCCAGUACACAGAGGGUCGACAUCAGACACUACUCCAUUAAAGUGAUUCCUGUUGGGAUGAGCCGGGGAGUGAAGAAGCUGCUCCAGGAGAAGUUCCCGAACAUGAGCAGGUUUGAAGAUAUCAGCGAUCUGCUGAUGAAGGGAGCCAAUCUGUCUGAGAGUGAAGCUGAACAGGAUGGGGAACACAACAUAACGGAGCUGCCGCAGGUCUGUGCAGGCCGGGGGAAUCUGCAGGCCCAGCAGAGCGCCAUUCGACUCACCGAGAUUGGCCCUCGAUUGUCCCUGGAGCUGGUGAAGAUUCAGGAGGGGAUGUGCGAUGGACAAGUGAUGUAUCAUUCUUUCAUCCAAAAGACAGAGGAGGAACUCCAGGAGCUCCUUCAGCAGCGAGAGAAGCGACAGAAGCUGAAAGAAGAAAGACGCAAAAAACAAGAAGGAGACAUUCGUCGCAAACAGAGGGAGCGUGAGCUGCACAAGAAAAGAAGUCUGGCUGGAAUGGGGAGGAAUGUUGAGGGUGACAGAGACGAAGAGGAGGUUGAGGACCCAUGCACUGAGGAGAAGGGGAUUCAGAGUGACCAGGAUAACAGUGACUCAGACCGAGAGUAUUAUCGCCAGGAGGUUGGCAUUGAGCCAGAUGAUGACCUAUUUCCAGGAGCUUUGCAGGGAAAAAGGAAGAGGAACAAAUCCCCACAAUUGGUCAGGAAGCGGGCUAAGGGUCCUGAAAGAGCACCCAGCAAGAAGGCCACCAGCUCAGACUCAGGCAGAAGCAAAAAGAGGAGGAUAAAAGGGAGGAAACACCGACUUAUUGGGACUCACCUGAUCAACUCCAAAUUCAUGGGCUCUGCUCUCAAGGGUAAAGCGCAUCAAGGCCUGAGUUCCAAGGCCAAAGGUCAACCUCAGAGGAAACACAAAAUGAAAAAGUCUCUGAAUCAGGAGUCACCUGUGUACUUACACCAUGAGGCCAUCUUGUGCUCUUCCUCUGCCUAUUUGAAGAAAGGUGUUGAAGAGCAGGUAAAUGUCAUGGGGGUGGGAUUGAGCUUGAUGAGGAAACACACUAUUGAAAUGUCUUCCAGACACUCUGCAAGAGAACAGUCAGGUCUUGUACUGGACUCACAGCAAGGGCCUUCAGCAAAGAGAGCUGACCUCUGCAGCCUUUCCCCAGCUCAUAUCCAACACAAUCUGCAGCAGCAGGCUGGGACGUCCAUUGUGGGUAUGCAAAUUCAGAGACUGGCUCAGGCUGCCUCCUGGAAGGAAGAGAUUGCUGUUUUUGGAAAUUCCCUGUGUCCCAAUCGGCUGCUGCAUUUCCUCAGCUACAACCAUAAGGAGGACUGCGUUAAUGCAAAGGUUUUGAAAAGUGUGAAACAACUGAAAAUGGCAGAGGGAGCUAAAACGUGGUCCAAUGGUUCAUUUGCUGACAUCCAGAAGGCAUUGCUGCCUCCAAUAUUUGGCAUUGAGUUCAUCUGCGCCUUUACUGUCAACUCCCUGGCUAUCUGGUUCUUCCUAAGCCGAGUUAAAGUCUGGCACACGGGCAUUAUUUUUGCCUUUACCCUGGCUGUGAAUGACCUGGUGUACGUCACUACCUUGCCUCUUCUAAUUGUUUAUUACGCCAACGAUAAGGACUGGAUCUUUGGGCAGGUGCUUUGUAAGAUUGAACGGUUCCUGUUCACCUGUAACCUGUACGGGAGCACGUUCCUGAUCACCUCUAUCAGCAUCAACCGGUACCUGGGCAUUGUGCACCCCCUGUUUACCCACAGGCACAUCCAGCCCAAACAUGCCAGGGUGGCCAGUCUGCUGGUUUGGGCUCUGUCCAUAGCCAUAACCUCACCGACAUUUGUCUUCUCUGAAGUGACAGUGACCAGGAAUACAUCAGAGUGUUUGGGCUCCUCCAGCGAUGAGCAGCUCCCUCAGUAUUUCUCCUACAGCCUGUUCCUUGCAGUCUUUGGCUGUGCCCUGCCAUUUGCAAUGACGUCCUUCUCCUACAUUUGUAUAUUCUGGAAGGUCCACAGCAGCCAAACUGUGGAUAGCUCAGACAGAAGGCAGGUGGCUCUCCUGGUCUGUGCUGUCUUAGUGUUGUACAUUGUAUCCUUCAUCCCAUUCACCAUCCUGAGAAAUGUCAACCUGUACCGUCGGCUACAUGGUCUGGACCUAAGAAAAUCCAGGCCCAUUUACACCAUCUAUCAGGUCAGCAAGUGCCUGCUCACUCUCUCCAUGUGUGUCCACCCCCUGGUAUAUGCUGCUGUCCUCAAUAAUGUCAGGGAGAUAUGUCACAGCUGCACGUGGCACACUGUCAGCACCGAGGAAACGCAGUGCUAACCAGUUCCACAUCACUGGGACCAAUGUGUGCAAUCAUUAUGCUUUCCCCAAAGCCUGCCCACCACCCACACGUCAGGAGUGUGAUGGGAUACCCCGCCCCCCGGACGGGGCAGCCCCAACAACACCCAAGAAGCUCAACACCAUCCAGGACAAAGCAGCCGCUCGAUUGUCACCACAUCCACAAACAUCCCACUCCCGCCAUCACCAACGCUCUGUAGCAGCAAUGUGUACUAUCUACAGGAUUCCCGGCAGGAAUUCACCAAAGAUCGUCUGAUACUAGAGCCUGCUACCACUCUGACACGCAUUUAAAAUGCCCUAAAACAGCACCAGUUUAAGGAGGCAGCUCAUCACCCCCUUCUCCAGGACAGUUAGCAAUGGGCAAUAAAUUCUGGCCUGCCAGCAACACCCAGACACCACAAAUGAAUAAAAAACAAAUUCUUGGGAGGUUGAGAGUGGACAUUUAUUAGACAGUCCUCCUCCUUCUGGAUUCAUGUUCACUAGGUCAUUAACUGGGUUAAUAUGUGCUCAUCUCGCCUCACAACUAUUUGCUCUGAUAUUUUCCAGUCCUGAACAUGAUUACAGCCUACCAGUGAUUAGCCAAUUUCUAACAAUAUUUAAAUAAAAAGGAUUUUUUAAAAAAUGGUCUGAAUUAGUCCUUCUCAUCACAUCGCAACAGGACAUGAAUUGUACAGAACUUUAUCUAAAAUUCACUGAGCCUCACUAUCAGAAUGUUACUUUGCAAAUGGAAUACAAUUUUAACCAAUAUACUUCAGGAGAUGACAAAGAGUUCA